GUGUUUUUGAUAAAUCCCUUACCUUUUAUCUUUCUCGAAAAACGUAAUUAACGCAUUUUAGUUCUCCUCAAAUUCUUGAAUAUUUCUUCUCCUGCAAUUUUCAAGCUCUCAUGCUCUGCUAUGGACUCCUAUUAGCAAAUUCACGCUUUCGCUCCUCUCAAUUUCGCCAGAUCUCUUCGCUAUUCACUGGUUUCGCAAGGGGAUGGCGUUGAGGCGUGGGGGCUUGUCUGGUGUUGGAGGUCCGAGGAGUAGAGGCAACGGAUCUCGAUUCUCCGUCGUCGUUCUCGUCUUGUUUUCAGUUCUCACGCCUUUGAUUUUCUUCUUCGGUCGCGGACUUCACGUUUCUGAUCAAACCAGUGGUUUUCCAAAACAGAAUUUGGAUUGGAGGGAAAGGCUGGCAUUGCAAUCUAUUAAAUCUCUCUUGUCAAAAGAAGUCAUAGAUGUUAUAACCACAAGCACAGCUGAUUUGGGCCCAUUAAGUCUUGAUUCAUUCAGAAAAAACAAUGUUUCGGCUUCAUGGAAAGUUUCUGGGAUAGAGACUUCAGUUGAUAAUGAUUCUACCUCUCAGAAAGCUGCAGACGUCAAACAAGAGACACCUGGAAUCAAAGGUGGCAAGGUUUCAGAUGAUGGUCAUUCUCAAUCUCAUGAUUCUCCUGCAAAAGUACUUCGAAGGCAAUUGAGAGAGAAAAGACGUGAAAAGAGGGCAGCUUUCUUGUCACAACAAGAUGAUGAAGCUUCAGUAAAACUUGAAAAUGCAGCCAUCGAACACUCCAAAUCAGUGGAUUCUGCAGUUCUGGGAAAAUACAGUAUUUGGAGGAAAGAAAAUGAGAAUGAGAACCCUGAUUCUACUGUACGCCUGAUGCGAGACCAAAUUAUAAUGGCAAAGGUAUACAUAAGUAUUGCAAAGAUGAAAAACAAGGGUGACUUGAUGCAAGAGUUACAGACUAGGGUCAAAGAGAGUCACCGCACCUUAGGUGAGGCAACAGUUGAUGCUGAUCUACAUCACAGUGCACCUGAAAAAUUGAAAGCUAUGGGCCAAGUUCUAUCAAAAGCAAAAGGGGAAUUAUAUGAUUGCAAGUCAGUCACUGGAACUCUCAGAGCAAUGCUUCAGACAGCAGAUGAGGAAGUUAGGAGCUUGAAGAAACAGAGCACAUUCCUGAGUCAACUAGCUGCUAAAACAAUUCCAAAUGCGAUCCAUUGCCUGUCCAUGCGCUUGACCAUAGAAUACCAUCUCCUUCCUCUGGAGAACAGAAAAUUCCCUAGAAGUGAGAAUUUGGAAAAUCCAAAUCUUUAUCAUUAUGCCCUAUUCUCAGAUAAUGUCUUGGCUGCAUCAGUUGUUGUCAACUCAACUGUCAUGAAUGCAAAGGAUCCAUCAAAACAUGUUUUCCAUCUUGUUACAGAUAAACUAAACUUUGGGGCAAUGAAUAUGUGGUUUCUGUUAAAUCCCCCUGGAAAAGCUACCAUCCAUGUUGAAAAUGUUGAUGAAUUCAAGUGGCUUAAUUCAUCGUACUGCCCUGUUCUGCGGCAACUUGAGUCUGCUGCAAUGAAAGAUUAUUAUUUCAAGUCCGGUCAACCAAACAAUCUUGCAUCUGGCUCUUCAAAUUUGAAGUAUCGGAAUCCAAAGUAUCUUUCAAUGCUUAACCAUUUGAGGUUCUAUCUGCCACAGCUCUAUCCCAAGUUGGAUAAGAUCCUGUUUCUUGAUGAUGACAUUGUUGUCCAGAAAGACUUAACAGGAUUGUGGUCGGUGAAUCUUCGUGGAAAAGUUAAUGGUGCAGUUGAAACCUGUGGUGAUAGCUUUCAUCGUUUUGAUAAGUAUCUAAACUUUUCAAAUCCUAAAAUUGGAAAGAACUUUGAUCCUAAUGCUUGUGGGUGGGCAUAUGGGAUGAAUAUGUUUGAUCUUAAAGAGUGGAAAAAGAAGGACAUCACAGGCAUAUAUCACAAGUGGCAAAACUUGAAUGAAGAAAGAACACUCUGGAAGCUUGGGACACUGCCUCCAGGACUGAUUACAUUUUAUGGUCUGACGCAUCCACUUGAGAAGUCAUGGCAUGUGCUUGGUUUGGGUUACAAUCCAAGUGUUGACAAGAGGGAGAUCGAAAAUGCAGCAGUUAUCCACUAUAAUGGCAACAUGAAGCCAUGGCUGGAGAUAGCCAUGACAAAAUAUCGGCCUUACUGGACCAAGUACAUUAAGUAUGAUCAUCCUUAUCUUAGGAACUGCAAACUGAGUGAAUGAGCCUGCUUUUGGGGUCAAGCUCGAUGCACUCCGAAACUGCAUACGGUUAAAAGAUAUUUGGUUUAACUACUGCAGGAGAAGGGAUUUGGUAGAACUUUUCUUCUCUAUCCCACAUUGUUCAUUCUUCUAUAUCAUUCAUUGAAUUCAUUUGCUUUAGCACUCAUCCAUGGGAACAAGAUAACAAAUUCCAUGCAGUGUUAACCUGUGAAGACACUCUUCUUUAGUUCUUCUGCCUUUGGAGUUACGAUCAAUUUAGACAGAAAUAGCAAACCUUCAUUAGAUUCUCAUCAGUUGGCUGUAUUUUCUGAACAAAUAUCUUCAUUUUAGGAAAUUCACGUGUAUGAUUCCCAGUCUUAAUAUCUUUGAAACUUGGCUUUCUUAAAUAAUUGUCUUAAUGCAGG